AUGGGAGCAUUUUGCAAGGUGAUCGAUGCCGUUCUCUUCACAUAUUAUGCUAUCAUGGCGGUCGCUGUGCCUCUAAUCGACGCUCAAACAACUCUUCCCGGCGCUCUAUACCCGGCGUUCCUCGUCGAUCUGAAUCGCUGGUACAGCGCCGAGUUUGGAGAUUAUCUGCUCGCAGAAAAACCUCACUUCUUCGCCGGAAUCGUCUGGCACGAGAUCCUGUUUAUCUGGCCGCUCUCGGUCGCCAACCUCUACGCAAUUCUCGCCGGGAGAUCGUGGCUCAGUACCACAUCCAUGGUGUACGGAGCUUCCGUCGUGACUUCCAUGGCUGCUGUACUGGGAGACAUGAUAGGUUCAGGGAAGGCAUCAGAGAAAUUGUUUAUGAUGUAUUUGCCUUUCUUGGGGUUUGGUAUUCUAUCUCUUCUUCGAGGUCUUCUUUCUCAAUCCGAUGGAUCCAGUGGUAAGAGACCAAUUGUUUUAGCAAGGAGAAAGCGUGCUUGA